AUGGCGCAAGUGACGCCUUCCAGAGUAUCGACUGAACCAACGCAGAAAAUUAUCCCUUCAGGUUCCGCUGCCAGAAGCAUCGCUAUUGCCACUCCUAACCAACCGGCUACAGAGGGUCGCGACGCGAGAAACACAGCCUGUACAUCAAACGAGGAAGCCAAUAGCGAGUCAGACGCAGCAGAGAAAGCAGUGGAGAACCCUAGGUUCUCAGACGAACAGACAAGUUCAGUAGCUUCUCCGAACAAGGCUCGAGUCGCUGAGGCGACUUUAGAAGCCGAGGCGAAUGGCCUCGAGUCGCUGUCUAAGCCGCUGUCGGACAUGAUGGCGAACCCUAGGUUCUCAGAUGGGCAGGCGAGUUCAGUAACUUCUUCCAACAGAGCUAAAACUUCAAAAGCCGAGGCGACUUUAGAUACCGAGGCGGAUGGCCUCGAGUCGCUAUCCAAGCCGCUCUCGGACGUGAUGGCGGCACUUUCUAUUGUGGUGGAAGGAGAAUUGCAGGCCCACACCACCCCCUCAUACCAACACCUCACCCGUCUAAACCUAGAGGCAUCAGCAGAUGCCGAGCGGCUCGCUGACCUGGCGGUCGGCGUGGGCGUGUUUGUGCGCUGUCAGCUGGCGGCGCGGGCGGCAACGCUUCGGCAGCUAGUGGCGGAGGCGGAGGAGGCGGAGCGGCAGCUUGCUGACCUGGAAGGGGUGGUUGUUGAGCUGGAUAGAUUCACUGGGAAGCUGGAGAGAGCUGUGGCGAAAGCCAUUCUAGAGGGGGUGUGA